AUGAUAAGAGCACAAAAUGUAGAUUGUGGUGAUAUCAAGGAUAUUGAGCUAUCAGACCUGAAGUUUAUCUACAAGAGUAUUGGAUGCCAACCCGUUACUAGUGUUGAUCACUUUCUACCUGAAACGCUUGCAUAUUAUGUACUUGUAGAAGAAGUCGUUGCCGGAACCAGAAAGGCUGUUAAAUUAACCUGGUAAGGCAGUAUAACAGUUUUAGUGAGCGGCUCUAAUAAGCUGGUAAUAGAAGAGGCAGAGAGAUCAAUUCAUAAUGCCUUGUGCGUCAUCCGUUGUCUCGUCCAAAACAUGGCACUCAUAGCCAUAGGCGGAGCACCCGAGAUCGAGGUUGCCUACUGUUUGAUGAAAUACUCAAGAACCAUAUCCGAUAUGGAAGCUUACUGUGUAAGGGCUUUUGCAGAGGCCAUGAUAGUGAUUCCUUCAACUCUGGCAGAGAAUACAGGACUUAACCCCUUCUCAGUAGUCACAGUUCUCAGAAACCGACAUGCCCAUGGUGAAACUGCUGUGGGCAUCAAUGUUAGAAAGAUAUUACCAAUACAUGUUUGUUUUAUUUUUUAUUUGAGCCAUAUUUAA